UCGGAGCUCCCGCCGGCAGGAGUGCAGACAUCUGAGGAGCCCGCUAGUGUCAAAAGAAAAGCUGUCGGAAACGCAAAGAGCUCUCCCAACAACAAAUCCCUCUGUAGCUUUGAGACUCAAAGACGGAUUAAAAAACGCAUGUGGCAACCGACUGUGUGCGAUUCAGGAGCAACUUUGCUAUUGUUUUCUUUCUUUCUUUUUCUCUUUCUUUCUCUCUUUGGAGGUGCACCUGGCUGCAUUUCUCAGCAUCUUCAGGAUUCCAGCAUACAAGAAGAUCCUCACACGAUCUGAUUGCAUCUCUGUGAUGGACUAAAGGUGCAAGGAGGAGGAGGAGGAGGAGAGAGACUGUGGAGCGGAGUUGGGGGGUUGUGUGAUAUUUGCCUUCCUUGAAGGUGAGAGAGUCCAUUAACAGCUGGUGGGGGAUUAUCAGGUUCAAACAACCAUUCCCUGGAAGAAUUAAUUUACAUGCACUUGGACCAGUGCUGAACAGGAUCAUGACUCCAUAGGAUGUGGCAUGGGGCACCAUGAUAUACAUAUGUCAACAUACACUGUUAUCAACACAGAACAAAAGGACCUACAGACCACAUGACUGGAACCUGACAUGAUGUAUUUGGUUAGGAUUUCCUGCCUUUUUGGAGUCUGACUUUUGGGUUCUGCUUUUCCCCUGUCGUGUCUAUGAAUGGAUUUUAAUGAGGACCAAGGGAAACCAGUACAGUAAGCUGCUGUCGAGAGAUUUUCACAACUCUCUGCUGCCUCCCCUGCUGUGGUUUUGUUCAGUAUGGAUCUGUCCCAGUACCGUCCGUCUGACUGGAGCUCAGUCCAGCCAAGCUUCUCUCCACUGCUGCAGUACGAAGACUCUCAGGAAAGACUCAACCACACCUACAGUUUCCACAGCUCGAUAAUGCUGCCCUCCACUUUCAGUUCUGCCACCGCCUCCCCGCAUCAGCCUCUGCCCUCUGUGCUGCCCUCCUCCCACAUACCUUACUCCUCCCUCAUCUCCUCCCCUUUGUUCUCCACCCUCUCGACCCCAUCCUCUCAACAAACAUCCACUUCUGUCUACCAACCCUCCACCUUGUCCCCCUUUUCUUCAAAUGACUUGGCCAAACUGGAGAGCAUGCUGCUCUGGACUCUCCAUGAGCCCAGCACCAUCGCUCUGACCAUCAUGUACUGUCUGUCGUUCAUUUUGGGAUUUGUUGGGAAUUUAAUGUCCCUGCGCGUUCUUACCAAUAGGAGGAGCCGGCGGCUGGCUGGUGUCAGCGCCACGCGCAGUCUCCUGGUCAACCUGGCGGUGUGUGACCUGGCUGUGGUGUUAGUGUGCAUGCCCAUCACCCUGGGAAUCCAGAUCUACACCGCCUGGGUCUACGGCGACCUCCUUUGUCGAGCAGUGCCCUUCACACAAGCUGUGUCAGUCUCAGCCAGCGUGUUAACACUGACUGUGAUCAGUGUGAAUCGCUACUAUAGCGUCCGAUCACCACUGAGAGCUCGCUCCAUGUUUACCCGCCGUCGAAUCUUGGCGACUGUUGCUGUGGUGUGGAUAGUGUCUUCAAUCAUGUGUGCUCCUAUUGCAGUGAUGAACCGGCGACAGGAUAUCAGCUUUGGGACAUUUGCCAUCUUGGUCUGUCAGGAGGACUGGCCUCAGCAUCGCCUUAAACAGGGAUACAAUGUGCUGCUGUUUGUGAUGCUCUACUGCCUGCCAGUGACCUUUAACCUCACCAUAGGCUUCCUAACUGGCAGGCGGCUUUGGGGAGGGAAGAAAUCCACUUUUGCCGAUCUUGAUCCUCGCAGCCAAGCUCUGCACACCUCACGACUCAAAACGCGCCAGAAAAUCGCCAAGAUGGUGGUGUGUCUGGUGUUGCUGUUUGCAGUGUCCUGGCUUCCGCUCUACUUGGUUGACCUUUGGAUUGACUGCAAUCAGAGUCCACCGUCUUGGCUCCUACAGACACGUCCGUUUGCCCAGUGGCUGGGCCUGACAAACUCCAGUCUUAACCCCAUCUGUUACUGUUUCAUAGGGGAUCUUUACCGCUCAGCCAAAGUGAUACGGAUGCGGUACUACCAGAAAGUCGCUGCUCUCUUUGGCUCCUCCUCAUUCACCAGCUCAGCUGCAGUGGCGUCUCCUGCCUCAGUGAUUACAGACACCAAAGCGACUGUUGCUGAGCACCACCACAUUGCUGCUGUUGCUGUGGCAGCAUCUGCACCCAUCGUUACAAUCCCCAGGCUGCUGAGCUUGGCUAGAGGCCAGGGACUGGGGCAAAAGGUCGGAGACAGUUCAGACAGCCAAGCAGGAUCUGACCACAGUAUCUCAGACUGGUGUCGGUCCAGUCCCAGUGUGUGUGACAGCUCCUUGUUCCCGUGCCAGCUCCGCACAAUCCAGCACUCCAUACAAAGAGCAGACAUCCUGCCCACAAGAAGACACUCUGUGAAUGAGAACGCAGGAUCAUUACCUUUAGGAAACGACUUUGUGGAAGUAGACAUGCUGCCUUUGAGAAGACAUUCGGGGGAUAGAAUAUAUGGGUUGUCAGCUGAUAAGAGAGACGUCAUUACCAUUGGCAGAGACGCUCUCUGUUACACUGAGCAACACAGAGGCAGAACAUUACAAACCUACACUCUGGUAGGGCACAGGGAGGAUGAAAAUACUGAUAUGACCACCCUGUGAAAGCUGCAGAUUAUCUGAAGUAUCAGCAGGGAAGAAUUUUUUAUUUUCUGUCACAGACAGCUCUGGCUUCACAGUUUGCAGUUGACAGUACGGGUAAAUCCCUUACAAAAGCAGUUGUUUGUCUUGAGGAUACACUGACCUGGUCUACACACUGAUUCUUUCUCUGUGUUUUAUUCUCUCAGUAUCACUGAAAGCACAGGGGAUCCAGGAUGUACAUUUGCACCGAUGAGUUCAGCCUUUUGACGGAAGGUGGAGGGAGUAGUGAUGGAGUGAAACCUGCAGGGGAAGAGUUGGGGGUUGCAUUAUUUAGCCUCGGGCUGAAAAGCCAGUAAUCAGUAAGAAUAACUGAUUGAAGCAGCGCAUCAUUACAUGCAAGUCAUAUCACAAGUGAUUCAGCGGCAACUCACAGUCUUGUCUGACAUCUGCUUAAGAUAAUAACCCAGCAGGACGUAUCUAUGUGAUUCUUCUUUCUUUCUUAUUGCUUUGCUAUUGUAGGAACAUACUGUAUCAGAGUUCCUGACAGAUCUUUACAGGAUAAUGUCACCAUCAAUGUCUGCAGCCUGUGAAAGAGCAGUUGUUUGUGUGUGUAGUCAUACAGGGAAUUUGCAGGGAAUAUGAGAUCCACUGUCUAUGAAGCAGAAAAUCUAGAACUCAGAAUACAGUGAAUGGUUUUGUUUUCUGUGAUAUUAGGUAUGAAAUAACUUUUCAGGGUCAUCCGAUUUUUGAAAGCUAGACCAAGCCAUCUGAAAUAAACCAUUCAGAGAGAAUUUAAAAGGUCAAUUCACAAAAACAAAACAAAACAAAAAACAAGUGGUUUCUAAUCAUGGAGAUAGUCUUGGUUUAAUUUGUGCUGGUGGUGAGAUAAUAGCCGCUGACUUGGUGAAUGUAAAUUUGUUUGUGAUGCUCACAGGAUUUAACGAUUAACAUUAAAAAAAUUCAACUCCAACAUGUCUUUCCAGAAUCAGUGUCCUUGUCUGAUAAUAUAAUGCCAUUUCAGUUUCACCCCAUCGAUCAGUUUGACACUGUGUUCAUGUUAGCUGAUGUGUGCUCAGUGGUGGUGGUGGUGGUGGUGGUGGUGGAUGU